GUGACAUGCUAAAAAAAAACUCUAUAAACACUGUUCACUAAAAAAAAAAACAGUUGCAUUUUAUACAAUUUCUACAAAUUCUGCUCACAAUUGGAGAAUAAAGAUCUGAUUGAACAUGAUUAGAAAAGACAAUUUUAUCUUUUAUCUGUCCCUUUUUAAGGUAUUUUUUGGUGGUUUCUAGUGUAUCUGAACAAAUCCUCAAAUGUUUUGAUUAGGAUUUCCUUGCUGACAGGGUAGUAAGAGCCUGUGACCCAGAUUGGAGGAAUCCAGUCCAGCUUUUCGCCACAGCUCUCCUGUCUUUGGAGCCAGUGCCCUCUCAUGGGCUGGUGUAUGAUGUCGCGCUAAGCACGAGAAGAAUGUCAUUGACGUCAGUGCAGCCUCUUUCAGAGAAAGUGGCACCCCAGCCCUGUGCACUUCACCACACAUGCAGAAAGAGAGAGAGACACACACAGACAGGCGAUGAAUAAGAUAAUGUGUGCUUUGUUAAAGGAGUGUACAUGUGGCACAUGCAUUCUGUCUUACUUUGUUUUUAUAGUUGCUUCCAGUAAGCAACAUGUCUAGCAUAGCUGCACUGACGUGUGUUUUGUAAGUCUUUUGUGUUUUUAUUUCGCUUAUUUUUAUGCCCUCAUAUGGUCAUCCUAACCUUUUCGAAAAUGCACAUGAAGUAGACAUUUGCAAAUUUCCAUGAAAUCAUCAAAUUUUGAACAUCAUUAAUGGUCCCAUCUCAGCAAAGUUGAAAUGCUGACCACAAUUUCAGCAUUAAACUAUUUGCAAUCAGAAAUCAUAAAGCAUCCUCUCCAAGAACAAGAACACACUGGACACCUCUAGCCUUUCUCAGAGUGUCAGCUGUGAAGGACCUGACCGCCUCAGUCUCUGAAUCCUGUAAAGUUCAUGUCAGGUUUUAGCUGAAGUCCUCUCUCUCCUGCAUGCAGCGGCACUGGCAGGCUUUAGGCUUCUGUUUCAAGAGGAAGCUCGGCUCACGUUCAGCUAGCGACGCUCCACGGCUGCCCCGUGCUUAUGCAGGGCAUCCACUGCUCUGAGAACAGAGGGCAGGCAGAUGCGAGCACCUUUGUUCUCUUUUGCGGCAGCUCAGCUUAAGGAUUAGAUUGGAAACAGGGACAAGACACUCAUCUGUUGGUGUCAGCCCUCCGUAUGCUUUGCGUUUGUGCUCGUAUGAGUGUAUGAGCGAGUAUUUGUGUGUUAUUGUUAUGACACUAUGCCUGUAUGCUUUGUUUUGGGUUGGAUUGCAUGUUUCUAAGGGCCACAGCACGCUACUCUGCUUCUUGGAUGUAGACCGGCAUCUGUCGUGCAGUGAUGGGCCUGCCCACAGCAAUGACAUUCUCCCUGUCCCGAGAUGAGAGGUUUCACUCCAGGCUCCUUGACAUAGGAGGCCUACCAGAAACUGGCCACAGAGACCCUGGAGGAGCUGGACUGGUGCCUCGACCAGCUUGAGACCCUACAAACCAGACAUUCGGUCAGCGAGAUGGCAUCCAACAAGUUCAAGAGGAUGUUGAACAGAGAAUUAACUCACCUCUCAGAGAUGAGCCGAUCUGGUAACCAGGUGUCUGAGUUCAUCUCAAGUACAUUCUUAGACAAGCAACACGAGGUGGAAAUGCCAUCGCCCCAGUCCCAGAAAGACAAGGAGAAGAAGAAAAGGCCGAUGUCUCAGAUUAGUGGUGUAAAAAAGCUAACGCACAGUUCCAGCCUUACCAACUCUAACAUCUCUCGGUUUGGGGUUAAAACUGAAACAGAAGAUGAGCUGGCCAAGGAGCUCGAAGAUGUAAAUAAAUGGGGCCUUAAUGUCUUCAAAGUGUCAGAAUUUUCUGGGAACAGGCCUUUAACGGUUAUGAUGUACACAAUAUUCCAGGAGAGGGACUUGUUAAAGACGUUUAAAAUUCCUCUCGACACGUUUAUCACCUAUCUGAUGACUUUAGAAGACCAUUACCAUGCUGACGUUGCCUAUCACAACAACAUCCACGCUGCUGAUGUCACACAGUCCACUCACGUCCUUUUAUCAACCCCUGCCCUUGAGGCUGUGUUUACAGACCUUGAAAUUCUCGCUGUCAUAUUUGCCAGUGCCAUACAUGAUGUUGACCAUCCUGGCGUCUCCAACCAGUUUCUCAUUAACACUAACUCUGAGCUGGCCCUCAUGUAUAAUGAUUCGUCUGUGUUGGAGAAUCAUCAUCUGGCUGUAGGUUUUAAGCUGCUGCAGGAAGAGAACUGUGACAUCUUCCAGAACCUGACCAAGAAACAGAGACAGUCACUUCGCAAGAUGGUCAUUGACAUUGUUCUGGCCACUGACAUGUCUAAGCACAUGAAUUUGUUGGCAGAUCUGAAAACCAUGGUGGAGACCAAAAAGGUGACCAGUUCUGGGGUAUUACUGCUAGACAACUACUCUGACAGGAUACAGGUCUUGCAGAACAUGGUGCACUGUGCAGACCUCAGUAACCCCACCAAGCCACUGCAGUUGUACAGGCAGUGGACGGACCGCAUCAUGGAGGAGUUCUUCAGCCAGGGGGACAGAGAGCGGGAGCGUGGCAUGGAGAUCAGCCCCAUGUGUGACAAGCACAACGCAUCAGUCGAGAAGUCCCAGGUGGGCUUCAUCGAUUACAUUGUUCACCCUCUGUGGGAGACGUGGGCAGACUUGGUGCACCCAGACGCACAGGACAUCUUGGACACACUGGAGGACAACCGGGAGUGGUACCAGAGCACCAUCCCCCAGAGCCCCUCUCCAGCGCUGGACACCAACAGUGAGGGCCGACGCACCACCGGCCAGGAGAAGUUCCAGUUUGAACUGACUCUGGAGGAGGACGGAGAAUCCGACACGGAGAAGGACAGCGGCAGCCCUCCUGAUGAAGAAGAGGAGGAAGAGGAGGAAAACAGCUGCAGCGACUCUAAAACCCUUUGCACGCAGGACUCUGAAUGUACAGAGAUCCCCCUGGACGAGCAGGUGGGGGACACACAGGAGGACGAGGAGGAAGAGGACAAACAGGAGGAGGAAAGGGAAAUUUCAGAACCCUGUGUUUUAGAGGAAGAGGAGGAGGAGGAGGAGGAAGAAGAGGACACUGCCAACACAUAACACAGUAUGACACAGCACCUGAACUUUUUUAUAUUAGAGAUGAGACACACUUAUUUAUGGUUAAGAUAUUAGUUUUUUUCAUUGUCUAUUUUACAUACGUCGUUCAGAAGUGCUUUUUAAAUGUCCGCCUUUAACCGGUUUUUAUUUUUCAUUCCUCACUCUUUUUUUUGAGUUACAACCACUUUUACACUCAGGAAUAUCUUUUCCACUCAAACCUGUCAUUCAUACAAACAAACUUAACAAAAUGAAAGGUUAAAAAGCUUGACUUUUAUUCCUGAUUGUGAGGUACUUUUAUUUUUAUUAAUAUUUUUUUUUCACUGAAUCAGUAUUUCAGAAGCACUGAACUUAGAAAGCAGCUGUUUUUUCACCACCGAGACACUAUUUUUCCCUGUUUAUCUGAAGGAAAGUGGCAAUUCGAAGCAUUUUUGCAGACAAACACAAGAAGUGAAUACUUCAUGCUUUGAACUUCACGUCUUCCUGAUGCCUUGAAUGUGUUAUUAAUCUGGAUUUAGCUCUCUGUUGUGUUUGUGUAUCAUUAUUUGAAGCAUAUGGACAUGGUACCAAAGUGAAAAGAACUCAUGAGACACCAUUUUCACAGACAAUACACAUUAUCAUUUAAAUUACCAUAUUUGGGGUAAAUAUGGUAGUUUGCACAUCUUUUUAUAAUUUUUUUUUUUUUUUUACCCUUAUUUGUUGCAUCCAAUCCAGAUCUGAAAAUGGUUCAUUUUAAAAAUAUUAUUAUUUUUUUUAAACAAUAAGUUCCUCAGCUUAUUAAUAAUACCUAAUUAUGGCCAUAUUUCAAUGUUUUAAAAUUGUAUUCCCCCAAGAACAAGAACUCAUAAUUCUGUUAUAAGAUAAUAGCUUGAAUAAGCCUUAAAUGUUUUGUUGCCUACUAAUGAUGUAAAAAAACAUGCAAGCAAUGGAGUAAAAUGAAUCCUGGUUAUCACUUCAUAAAUAACUAUAUGAAUUAUUAUUGUAAUUAACUAAUAAUAAUGUUAUUUAUCAUCAUGUUAAUGAUGAAUCCUGAAAACAACUGACAUAAAUGAAGAAGCUAAAUUUACCGGUUUGUGUUUUCACAUGAUCAGUUCACAAGUGUGAGUCUAGUUGCACUGUAUUUUUUCAUUUCAUUCAUUUUUUUCAUGUUUUUUUUUUUAUUGUAUUUUUGUUUUUGUUAAUUGUAUUUAUUUUGGACAUUUUCGCCAAACAUUACCAGUCGCAAUAAUUUUAAUUGCUGCUUUAUUCAUCUCUGUCAAGCGUCCUACUGUACAAACAUCCUCUUCAUUUUAUGUUCAUGCUAGCAUUAUUUAUUAAUGCUCUUUGAUGUGCUUGUAGCAUAUUAAAGUGUUUUAAUCAACUUGUAGCAUUAACAAUUCAGGCUUAUGAGUCAGUUUUCCUUAAUAUAUUUUAAUUAUACAUAUGCAGUAGAUAUACUUAAUCAAAUGUACAAAAUUAUAAAUAAUAUUGAAGCCUUUUGAAAAGACCCCUUUUUCAUUGCUUUCUUUAUUCUAUUUAAAACUCAUUCUGUUGCCAAGUUUGCUUUUUUAUUAGUAGGUUUUUGUAUUGUCUACAUUGUUUCUCAUUUCUCUCUGUUUACAUACAUGUAUUUAUUGUGCUGUAUAGUACAUAUUGUUGAUCUUAUCAUGUCGUUGUAAAUGAUUAUAUCAUCCCUUUUGGUGAUGGUGUUGUAUUAUGGAACUCUUACUGAGAGAAUGUUUGUUAUUAUUAGUAUGUAAUGAUCCCAUUGAAAUGUGUCUCUAGAGAGAUUGCGUAGAGAAAGGGAAAGCCAAAUUAUAGUCAUUACUGUGUUUAUUUUUUUAUUAUUUCUUUUUAAAAGAAAGUGGUUCCGUGGUCUGAGGGUUGUGCCUUAUAGAUAGCUCUUUAGAUUUUAUCCUCUUGCUGCACUAAAGAAACUACUGGCUGGAAAUUGACCUAGAUGUGUUAGUCGUGUUCCUCCUGUUUAUGUGCUCCCAGCAUAAAAGACAAAAGUUGUCAGACCUCAUUGGACAGGGUAAAAGCAGGCCAGUGUGAUGGGUUUGCAACCAGCUGUAAGAACCUCCAUCAUAUUUCCGUCUAUGCUGUGUUCAUUUGAGACAUUCAAAGACAUUUGCGUUUCAUGCAAUAUGAGAGAAAACAUUUCUGUUUGGGGAUAACAGGGCAUUUUGAUUUCCAGAUCCAGAGAGGGGUUACCGCAUCCUUCAAAAAAAGCCCAAACACUAAAUUUGGGACUCAUUUUGACACAUAUACUGUAGAUUCUGAUUGACCCUAAAUGGAUGAAAUCAGUGCGUCCUUCUUGUCUCUUUUUAAAUCAUGAGAGAAAUACACAAACAGAAUUUGACAAAUGAUAUUUAGGGAUAACUAUUUUUUUGUUAUGUGACUUGAAUGGCAAAAGUUGUCUGGAGGUUUCACAAGACCGUGUAGUUGUUUAUUGGACUCCUUGUUUAUCACAGUCUAUUGGAUAGAACUGUAGAAAUAAAAAUUUACAUAUGAAAACUGGUAAAAUCCAAUAAAAAUGUUUUUUAUAUGCACCAAAA